AUAACUUUUCUAUUAUACGAGAGGCCUGAUGAAUCUGUACUACCGACUGCUGAUUGCAUCUGCUAGAACCUAUCAGGUGAAUCCAGAAAAUGGCAUUCCUCUGUCUCCCCAGUGGCCAUAUGCUAAACCUGGUGACAGCAAGAAAUUCAACAGCAAGGAUGAAUUGGCGGCUGACGGCAUCCAAAGAACGCAGGGAAUUGCCUCUUGUUAUUCGCCUUCUGCAUGGGGACUUGCCUCUUGUUCUUGAUCCUUUCAUGUGUCCUUCAUGUUGGCUCCGGUGUCACCGAUCCUCAAGACGCUGCUGUUCUACGUUCGAUCCUGCAGGACUGGCAAGAUGCUCCACCAAGUUGGGGGCAGUCCGAUGACCCCUGUGGCAUGCCUUGGGAUGGUGUUGUUUGCCAAAACUCGAGGGUGACUUCGUUGAGCUUGUCAACUAUGGGUAUUAAAGGAACACUGAGCGGAGACAUAGGUCUACUCUCAGCCUUGCAAUUUUUGACUUUGUCCUACAAUGGUGAUCUUGGGGGUUCACUCUCUCCAAAUAUUGGAAACCUGAAGCAGCUUACCACUUUGAUCUUAGCUGGUUGCCAAUUCAGCGGUCCAAUUCCAGAACAAUUAGGCAAUUUGGCACAGCUCACUUUCUUGGCAUUGAACAACAACAGAUUUAGUGGUAGUAUUCCAGCUUCACUGGGACUUCUAUCAAAUUUGUCUUGGUUUGACAUCGCGGAGAACCAAUUGACAGGAUCUCUUCCUGUGUCUACAAACUCAACUCCUGGUCUAGAUUUGCUUGUCCACACCAAACACUUUCAUUUCAACAAGAAUCAGUUGUCAGGGGUGCUUCCACCACAACUUUUCAGCUCAGAGAUGACAUUGCUACACCUCCUAUUCGACUCAAAUCAAUUUGAUGGUUCAAUUCCAUCCACGUUGGGACUGGUUACUUCCCUAGAAGUUCUUCGACUUGACAAUAACAAGUUUGAAGGUGCAGUUCCAUCCAACAUCAACAAUCUUACCCGAGUUAGUGAACUGAACUUGGCAAAUAAUCAACUAAGUGGUAUGCUGCCCAACCUAACAGGGAUGAACCUCCUCCAUUAUGUGGAUCUGAGCAACAACUCUUUCAGUCCUUCAGAAGCUCCGGAGUGGUUUACGACAAUUGAAUCUCUGACAACCUUAGUCAUAGAAUCUGGGGGACUUAUCGGUCAGGUUCCAGCUGAUCUAUUCAGCUUGCCUCAAUUGCAACAAGUAUUGCUAAGCUAUAACGGUUUCAAUGGUACAUUGAACAUGAGCAAUAACAUUAGCCCACAACUGCAGCUUGUCGAUUUCAGAAACAAUUCCAUCACUGGUUUUGUGCAAACAGGAAACUACCUUAAUAUUCUAAUACUUUAUCAAAAUCCAUAUUGCAAUUCUGUGCGGACCAGCACUGACCCAUCCUGCAAUCUCCAGCAACAGGAUCCAUACUCUACCAGUCUGAGCAAAUGUGGUUCUGUAACAUGCGCAUCUCAAGAUCAGAAAGUCAACCCUCAGAGUUGUUCUUGUGCCUUUCCAGAUCAAGGGCGGAUGAUCUUUAGAGGACCUUCGUUCCGCGAUCUGACAAAUUCUACAUUGUUCCAGCUAUUGGAAACGAGUCUAUGGACUAAUCUUGGUCUCACUCCUGGUUAUGUGUACAUUUCAAAUCUGCACUUCAACUUAAAUGAUUAUCUAGAGUUGGAUUUGGCCCUCUUCCCAUCGUCGGGGAUGUUCUUCAACCGUUCGGAAAUUAGCAGAAUUGGGUUUGACCUAAGCAACCAAACCUAUAAACCUCCUCCCACAUUUGGACCAUACUAUUUUCUUGGAUCACCUUACCCGUUCUCAGGCGAGAGUGGAACUGGAGGAGGAAAGAGUAGUACAGGUGUUAUUGUUGGAGUUGCUGUUGGCUGUGUUAUUCUUGUUGUUGGACUUGUUUGUGUCGGGGUCUAUGCUUUACUGCAGAAGAAGAAAGCUAAAAGAGCUCUUGAACAAAGCCGACCUUUUGUUACAUGGGGGUCUGGCGGUAAAGAUGAUGGCAGUGCUCCACAGCUGAAAGGAGCAAGAUGGUUUCCCUUUGAUGAAAUCAAGAAAAUCACCAACAAUUUCUCUGAAGCUAAUGAAAUCGGUUCCGGCGGCUAUGGAAAGGUCUAUAGAGCAAUCCUCACAGACGGGCAGAUUAUUGCGAUCAAGAGGGCACAACAAGGAUCCAUGCAAGGAGCACAUGAAUUCAAGACCGAGAUCGAGUUGCUUUCCAGAGUUCACCACAAGAAUCUUGUAGACCUUGUCGGCUUUUGCUUUGAAAAGGGAGAACAGAUGCUGGUAUAUGAGUACAUUCCAAAUGGAACACUGAGGGAGAACUUGAGCGGGAGCCUCGGCAUACGAUUAGAUUGGAAGAACAGGCUUAGAAUUGCUCUGGGCUCUGCUAGAGGAUUAGCUUACCUUCAUGAACUGGCUAACCCUCCGAUAAUUCACAGGGAUGUCAAGUCUCCCAACAUCCUUCUCGAUGAGAACUUGAACGCAAAGGUUGCCGAUUUCGGCCUCUCAAAACUGGUAUCCGACAGUGAAAAAGGGCACGUCUCAACACAAGUCAAAGGAACUUUGGGUUACUUGGAUCCAGAGUACUAUAUGACGCAACAGCUCUCGGAGAAAAGUGACGUUUACAGCUUUGGUGUAGUGAUGUUGGAGCUGAUAACAGGCAGGCAACCCAUAGAGAAGGGCAAGUACAUCGUUCGCGAGGUCAGGACUGCGAUCGAUGGGCGUGAUCAAGAGUACUAUGGUCUCAAGAACAUGGUAGACCCUGUCCUACGUAACAUGGGACACAUUAUAGGAUUCAGGAGGUUCGUUGAGUUGGCCAUGCGGUGCUUGGAAGAAACAGCAGCUAACCGACCAACCAUGAACCAAAUUGUGAAGGAGAUCGAAACCAUAAUCCACACUUACGGGCUGAACACACAGCCAAAUUCAGCAUCUUCAUCGGCUACAGAAUUUGGAGACACGCAAGGUGCUCCUCGCCACCAUCCUUACAAUGGUCACUUGCACAAGAAUGAGGAGAGCAGCGACUUCCAAUACAGCGGCGCCUACUCUGCAGUGAUUGAACCGAAGUAGCGGGAAUAUCGUGCUUUGUUUGAUUUGUUUUAAGGUUCCUUGAUUUUGUGUAUGCAUUAAAGAUAGCAUUGUUUGAUGGAUUAAGUUGUUGAAUUGAAUUCAUGUAAAUUGCGUGUCUUUGUGAGGUUUGUUUA